AUGGGUCUGUCCAACAGAGCUAUCAUCAUCGACGGAAAAAACCACCUUCUUGGUCGUUUGGCCUCGAUUGUGGCCAAGAAACUCCUUCAAGGCGAGAAAGUUGUCAUCACCAGAACUGAAGAAAUCAACAUCUCUGGAAACUUCCACCGAUCAAAACUGAAGUACAUGAGCUUCCUCCGCAAACGUUGUAACAUCAACCCAGCUCGAGGAGCUUUCCAUUACCGUGCUCCAUCAAAGAUCUUCUGGCGCACAGUCAGAGGUAAGACUAAAAUUGAAUGUGAAAUAACACUGAUGGUUUAUUUUUAGGUAUGCUCCCACACAAGACCAUCAGAGGAAACGAAGCCCUCAAGAACCUCAGAACAUACGAAGGAGUUCCAGCCAAAUACCAAAAGACUAAAGCUCUUCUCGUUCCAUCAGCCAGCAGAUUCCUCUCCCUUCAACCAAGAAGAAAAUUCUGCAAAGGUUAGUCAGUUCUUUUGAUAUCCCUGAUUACAUUUUUAUUUCCAGUUGGACGUUUGUCUCACGAAGUCGGAUGGCAAUACCAAGAUGUUGUUGCCAAGCUUGAAGCCAAGAGAAAGGUUAAAGGAGCCGCUUAUUACGAGCAAAAGAAGAAGUUGGACAAAUUGCAAGUUCAAGCCAAAAUCAAUGCUGCUUCCAAGAUCGCACAAUACCAAAAGAUCAUUGAGAGCUUCGGAUACAACUAA